GUCCAUGUACUUAAACCAAGUCAUAAAUCAACUUUGCAAUCAAAUAUGGAGCCAGUAGUGCCUAAUAAUGUAUCUGCUGUUCAAAACGUCACUAAUGCUACCAGAGAUGUGGAAUCUGAGAAUGAACCGGGUCAAGAAGGAAAAAUAAGGGAAAUUGUUAUGGACAAUAUUGAUGCUGAAGCUAAGUUUACUGACGUUGAAGAGACAAAUGAUAGGCUUUUAGUAGCCCUUAAGGCAGAGAAGGAACAACUAGACUCAUCUCUCACUGCAGAGAAGAUGCAGACCCUUAAACUGAAGCAAGAGUUGACAGAUGCAGAAACUCGGAACACGGACUUGUACAAG